ACACCAUAGGUUUCACCGAUUUUAAAGUGGCUCUCUCAACAUCAAUAAAGCGUAUAGCUCAAAUUCAAAUCACUUCAUGCAUAUUCAACUUCCAGGUUUUAUUAAAAUACUCCAGGUUUCACCGAUUAAAUUUAUCUAACUUAAAAUAGCUUUCUCAAAGUUCACAGUAGCCAGGAUAUUUUUUUGAUUUGAUCAAAAUGGAAGACGUUUACCUUGUAAUUGCCCUUAUAAUAUUGGCAGUUUUGGUUGCGAUGACCUUUUUGGGAACUGCGUUUGACCUCUAUAGGAAUCAUUCGAUCCUGUUUGACGCGACCUACAGUGCGAGGAGCUUCACGGCGAGAAGCAUUAGGUCAGGAAGCAUAUUUAGCACAACUUCUAUGACAAAUGCAGCUGCUAUUGUCAACCCAUCGACCAACCCUAAUUCGCCUCCAGGUAGCUAUGGAACCACAGCAGAAAUGGAUAUGUUGAAAAUCCAAGACCAGUUGCAGAACCAGUCAACAAUUAACCAAUUGCUUCUUUGUUUCUCACUUUUUCGCAACCUGUCUCAACACUACGCCAUCUCGCUUCAAGACACGAAUGAUGUGAAACCCAUUUUCGGUCUUAAGACAUUGGCGACUUUUGGGGUUAUUUGGGUGAAUUCCGUAAAACUAGCAUGGCUCAAAACAGAACCACAGGCCGACGACUUCGACCUCCUUCGAUAUAAGAUUGUCUUCUUAUGCACUUCAAUGCUGCUCACAAUUUCUGUUUCUAUGAACACUUUCGGAAAUAUGGAACGGAAAUACGAAGGAACAUUUAGAUACUUCUGGUACGUUUUCAAACGAAUGGCAAGGCUGCUACCUAAUUACAUCAUAACAAUUCUGUUCGUAACCGGAAUAGUCGGUCGCUGUCAAAAUCCGAACACAAUUCAAACGACUGGACUCGUUCAUUCGUGUCAAGAUGAUUUGUGGCAAAACCUUCUCUUCAUCAAUAAUUUUUUUCAGAAGAGUUUGGACCACAUGAAGUGCUUGCCUCAAACGUGGUACAUCGCAGCAAACUUUCAACUCUGGAUUUUUACUCCAAUAGUAUGGCACGCAUUUUUUGUUUACCCAAAAAUAACCAUCACGAUCCUUGCCUGUUCCGGAUUCAUUCAAAUGACGGCGGCAGUGGCUCUAUCGAUUGCUGUUAAUGAUUUCAACUUUUUUGAAUAUUUUGCUUACCAACCUUACUUUCAACUGCCAGCAUGGGGUUUUGGACUUAUCGCCGGGUUUCUUUUAUGUAACCAAAAAGUUCCCGGACUUGGCAAGAAAUCCCAAUGUGCUUUAUGGUCGGCUGAACUUCUAUUUAUUGUUAUACCAUUCUGGUCGAUCUUAUUCGGCGUAAUUUCGGCAGACAUAUUAGUUGAUAUAUUGGUUAUUAUAUCGCCAGUUUUUGUGGCCUUAUGCAUUGCAUAUCUGGGCAGCGGUUACGGAGGCGUACUGAAUGAUUUUCUCAGUCAUCCUUUCUGGGUAUUGGCCAGUCACAGCUCUUAUUCCACCCUACUUUGGCACUGGGUUUUCAUCAACUGGGUUGGAGCACGAGCAACAGAAUUCAUGUCAGCGAACAUAUUGCAUGCUUUCAUGUUCUCAGUUGGCUGCUAUUUCUGUUCCAUAGCAUUAUCAAUUUGGAUCGAAGCUCCUUUCAGGGAAAUGAUGAAAAUAAAACGACCCUACAUUUAACCCGACAAGGAAGUUAGGUCGAAGCAUUCCAAAUUUAACUCUAAUUAUGCACAAUAGAGCAAGCGGUUUGAUGGAAACGUAAAUUAGAAAGCAAUAAAUUGACAAAGCUGACAUGGUUGCGCUAUGAAAAGGGGAGGGGCUUUGAAUCAGUUCACUAUCAUCACUAUGCUACCAUUCAAACGAGCCUUAGACUUCUGCCUUAUUAGGAUUUAAAUAUUAGCAUGUUCACAACAUUCAUGGUUUGGGUUAAACACAAUGAAUUGCAUUAAUUUAACCUUCUACUGAAAAAACA